AUGCCACAGUUUUCAAAUUUUAAAUCAAAUAAAUAUACAUCGAUCACCAUAUUAAUGUUGAUAGGCAUAUUGGCAUUGGUGAUUGCGGCAUGCGUAACUGGAUGGUACCGUGUAAAUCAACAGGUGGGCACUGGACGUUUUGCAAACUACUAUUUCUAUCCUACUCAGAUAAAGAGUACCAUUGUACAAGAUGGCAAUGAAGUAUCGGCUAUCGAUUUCGAUUGGGGAUCAAGAGAAUUAACAAAUUCACAUCAGAUUAUUAAUGCUUGUGUUGCAAUGGCAGCUAUUUCAUGGCUGGUCUAUUUGGCUACAACGAUUUUAGCGGUGUUGGUACAGAUUGAAGUUGUUCAGCAAAUUGGAAGUAUAAGUGCAUGGUUGUUGGUGAAGAUCAUGAUUAUCAUUGGAACUGUAUUGCUUUUGGUAUCAGUUGGUAUUCUCGGUGGAUUCACACCGGCAAUGCGAAAGGACAUCAACAACGCCAACACAGUCACCGACGUAUUCACUCCUUGUGUUGAUACAUGUGAAUUCCACUGGGCUGGUUCAAACAAUGAAGUAAAAUAUGGACCAUAUACAGGAUGGAUUAUUGCAAUCGUUACAUUCUUUUUUAGUGUUGCAGCAAGUAUAUUCCCAUGGUUCUUGAAAGAUACUGGAUUCGGUACACCCUCAGCAACAGCUUAA